AUAUAAUAUAAAAACGUGCUAUAAUGAUGACUACUACAACUUCACAUCCGAUCUUAGCGCCUGUCAUGCGGCCAGUACAAGACAGUGCGGUUUCAAGACCUCGCGCUGUUUAUAGCAUCGAUCAAAUUCUAGGGAAUCAAACUAAGAAAAAUGAUGCAACUGAUAUGCUCAACAAUCAUCACCACCACCAUCACCAUCAUCAUCUUAUGCAUGCGAAUAACAAUAAUAAUAAUACAAAUCAUAAUAACAAUAAUAAUGGUCUACUGCAUCAUCAUAAUCAUCAAUUGCAACAUCGUGAAGAUUCGCCCACCAAUACCGAUAACGGACUAGAUGUCGAUAACGACGAUGAGCUCUCUAAUAGUCUCAAUAAUGGUCAUGAUCUUGGCGAUAUGGAACGGCCGCGUAAAGUAAGAAGAUCACGCACAACCUUCACAACAUUUCAAUUACAUCAAUUGGAGCGCGCCUUUGAGAAGACACAAUAUCCCGACGUUUUCACAAGGGAGGAUCUGGCGAUGCGUUUGGAUUUAAGUGAAGCACGUGUGCAGGUGUGGUUUCAAAAUCGUCGCGCUAAAUGGAGAAAACGUGAGAAAUUUAUGAAUCAGGACAAGAAUGGCUAUCUACUUCCGGAUCAAGGUUUACCGGAAUUUCCCUUAGGCAUACCUAUACCCCAUGGUAUACCAGGACAUCCAGCUGGUUUGCCGACAGAGUUUUGGCCACCACAUUUUGCCUUACAUCAACAUUUCAAUCCUGCUCUGUUACCACAAAAUCUAAUGCCACACUAUAAGCUGCCUAAUUUCCACACAUUGCUCUCACAAUACAUGGGUUUAAGUAAUCUAAAUGGUAUUUUCGGUGGAUAUCCGCAAAAUCUUUCAAUGCAUACAGCAGCACAAGUUAGUCCACCCUGCAGUAAUAGUCCUCGUGAAAGUCCACCGAUUAUACCCGGCGGUACAACUGUCGUUUCCGGUGGUGUUACUCUGUCUUCCUCUGCAGCUGCUUCUCCAAAGAGUCCACUGACCACUGUAAGUGCUGCUUCGACGCCCGUUUCAGUUGUGACGAAAAGUGAAGAUUGAACUCGACUUACUGAUAUUUUUAGUAUUAGUUGAAUUUUAUGAUUAUGUAUGCGAUAUUGUGUAGAAUAUUUGUAGGGUAAAUGCAAAUCAUCAAGUCGGAGAACUCUUAAGUGAACGAAGAAGUAGAGAAUAACUGAGUUAUGCAAAAUGUGUAU